CUUUCAGUUUCACGCUGCUCCACGCAAAGGCAGCUCCGUCUUUUCAUUUUUGAACAAAAUAAAUUCUCCCGCGCUCUUCUCUCUUUGUUAUUUCUUUUUGCGAGAGAGCACGCGAGCUUUUCUUCCUUGUAUAUAGCAAAGGAAAGCUUUUCCUCCGCUUUACAUAUUUUUCUUUUGGUUUUAUGCUCAUCUUGUUGCCCUGUUGCGUUCUGUGAUGUGAUUUCUCGUGCUCCUGACGAUCCUUGUAAAGUGAUUUGAGUGGAAGUUCUUCAUUUUGGGGAGGGGUGUGGUGCUUGAGGGCAAGCUCAGAAAAUAAAAGAAAAGGAGGAAAAUCAUGUCCAGAGAGAAGAAGACAUUCAAACUACUUUCCCAAAUGUCCACCACCGAACUCAAUGACGCCAUUGAUGACAGCAACUUCCCCCAGAGUUCAGCAUCCACCCCAAAGUGCUCAACAAAUGGCAAAAAAGAUGAUGAUGCUGCUGAGGCAAAUGGUUCCAAUGGCAUCUGCAAGAGACGCCAACUACCAGCACCACUGAAAAUGAAUGCAAAAUCCCCGGAAGCUGAGAGGGUGCUCUACGUACCCGGAACACCCCAAACACCCCGAACAUCCACCACACCAGGCCAUGAGAAUUGCACGUUCCACCAUGAUCUGGAGCUGGAUCACAAGCCCCCAACGCGUGAGGCACUCCUACCCGAGAUGACGCGUUCCUACCGGCUCCUACUCACCGGCCUCGGUGAAGAUCCCGAUCGUCAGGGGCUCCUGAAGACACCCGAAAGGGCUGCCAAGGCAAUGCUCUUCUUCACCAAAGGAUACGAUCAGAGCCUCGAAGAAGCCCUCAAUGGUGCUAUUUUCGAAGAGGACACCGACGAGAUGGUCGUGGUGAAGGAUAUUGAAAUGUUUUCCAUGUGUGAGCACCAUUUGGUGCCUUUCUACGGGAAAGUCUCAAUCGGUUACCUGCCGUGCAAGAAAAUUCUUGGCCUCAGCAAGCUCGCCAGAAUCGUGGAGAUCUUCUCGAGACGCCUCCAGGUUCAGGAGAGACUUACAAAGCAGAUUGCUGUCGCCGUCACGCAGGCCGUUCAGCCCGCUGGGGUGGCUGUCAUCAUUGAAGGAGUGCACAUGUGCAUGGUGAUGCGAGGCGUGCAGAAAAUUAACAGCAAAACCGUCACAUCGACCAUGUUGGGGGUCUUCCGGGAUGACCCCAAGACCCGUGAGGAGUUCCUUACUCUGGUGAACACCAAGUAAAGCCCUCCAAGCCCCCUAAUCCGGCCUUCACCAGAGAUGGAUUCAGCACCAACACGAGGAUACCUCGCAAAAUGUUUUCCUUUUGGGGCCAACAACUCUCUUUUGUGCUCCCCCUUUUGGGGCCUAAACACACAAUAUUUUUAACAACAACAAAGCUAUAUAAAUAUUUUUUUCUUAAUUAAAUAAAAAAAACACUCUAGUUAAAUUUAAGAGAGUUUAAAAAUAAAAAUCUCGGCGCGUUUUUAAAUAAAAUUUAUUUGUGCGUUUUAACAAUCGGCAGGUUGCAAACGCCGCAUUUUCCAAUAUAUAGAUUAUAUAUUAGAAAAUGAAAAUAAGUAAUAAAGAUUAAAAAAAAAAAAGCAACUAAAAGACAAUUUUGCGCAACAGGUUUAGGGAACAAAGCAAAAAAAAAACUUUUUGAAAUCGACAUUUUGAUCGAGAUAUUUAAAAAUUUAUAAUAAUUCUAUAUGUUUAUUAAAUGUUAUUGAGAUGCUGUGUAUAAAAGAAUGUAAAUAAAAAUCUCUAUGCCGUUAAA